AGGCCCCGCCCCGGCGCUGCCUCGCCGCGGCGCCGCGCCCGCCGCCGCCUCUUGCCAGCCCGGCCCGAGCCGCGCCGCGCCGAGCGGGGCCCCCCGCCGCCCAAGCCAUGGCUAGCGCCGCGCCCCGGCAGCCGGAGACGGGCGGGGAGCGGCCGGCGGCGCUGGAGGAGCGCAGAGCGGCGGCGGCGCCGGCCGGGGAUGCGGCGGCGCAGGUGUCAGGCGGGGCCGGCGUGGCGGCGGCGCUGCUGGGGGAGACGGGGCUGGCGGUGAGCUGCUGCAUCGCGGCGGCGCUGAGCUGGGAGCGGCCCCUGCACAGCCUGGGCAGCUUCCUCUGCGCCAACCUGCUCUUCUGGUUUGUUGCACUGACACCUUGGAGAGUGUAUCAUCUGACUUCCCUCAUAAUACUUGGACUGCUAGUUCUUCAGAUAAUAAAGGAUUUGGUAUUAUCUAGGAUAAAAGGUGCGCAGCUUUGGAGAAGCAUCACUGACAACUGGAAAGUCAUCAAUUCUAGACAUGACUACAGACCCAGAAUAAAUCAGUGCAUUUCAGAAGUACUGAUGAAUUUAUUUGUAUUUCUUCAAGAAAUGUCACACUUCAAGGAACAAAACCCUGGCAAGUUUUGCCUACUAGUCUGCAGUGUAUGUACAUUUUUCACUGUUUUGGGAAGUUACAUUCCUGGAGUUGUCCUCUCCUAUGUUCUGCUAUUGUGUGCCUUUUUAUGUCCCUUCUUCAAGUGCAAUGAAUUUGGACAGAAAGUGUGCAACAAAAUUAAGUCUGUUCUGAUGAAACUAGAUUUUGGAAUAGUGGAAUAUAUCAACCAGAAGAAAAAAGAGAGGUCUGAAGCAGCAAAAACAAAACCCAUGGAAGAUGACAGUGAAUUAGAAAUAUCAGCUCUGUGUCCUAAGGUUAGUCCUGCAGCUGUUGCCAAAGAGCUGUCAGUGUCUGAUACAGAUGUAUCGGAAGUAUCUUGGACCGAUAAUGGGACCUUUAACUUAUCCGAGGGGUAUUCUCCACAGACAGACACAUCUGAUGAUUUUGACCGACCUAGUGAUCAUGAAGAAGCUUUCGCUAGAGAUCUUGCAGAAUUUCCUUCUUUAGAAAAUGGUGCAGGAACAAAUGAUGAUGACGACUCAAGCAUUGGUAUGCCCAUCCAGCAAAAAAGAAAAAAAGAACAAACAUGUUUGAAAGUCGAUCACUCUUCCAAGCAGAGGAAAGAGAGACCAUCCACUGUAGCACUCUCCUUGCCUUUGACCAGUGACCAAACCUUUAAUUUAGUGAGUGGAAUUGCUGGAGAUGUCAUUGCAGCUGCGGUGUCUGCUGCCAUCAAAGACCAGUUGCAGUCUGCACAGCAAGCACCCUCACAUGCAGCACCCAGUUUGAGUGAGGAGACAGACACAGAAGAAGCUGAUGAUUUUGAACUGCUUGACCAGUCUGAGCUUGAGCAGAUUGAGAAAGAAUUGGGACUUUCACAAAGCCAAGAAGGAGAAUCCCAGGAGAAAAAGAAAUCUUCAGGCUUCCUUUCAAAUCUGCUUGGAAGUCAUUAACCUGGAAAUUGGAGCUAGUAAUGUAGAAGAAAUGAAACAUAAAACACACACAAAAAUCAAAUGCAAAAAAAAGGAAAAUUCUGAGCUGUAAGCUUUAACUAUCACUUUAGAUGUGUUAUAAUAAUUUCCCCUAUACAGAGUGAAUUAACUGGAUAAAUAUCAGCUGAUACUGAUAGUUUGAUGUUCUUGGUAGUUUAUGCCUCAAUGUAAUAGCAUGGAAAUGAAUUAUCUAUCCACUGCAGUUGAGUGUCAGAGGUCAGUUGUUCAAAAGAGUUUGGGGGGAUUUUUUUAUCUUUUUGCCAAAUAUGUAUUUUGGGGGUCUGCGCCAAAUUUUCAGCAUUUGCAGUUUAUUUAAUUCUUGGUUGUCAACCAUGUAAUACAGUUAAUGAUUGACACACUAAGGGUAAGUAAUGAGAGGAUUGCAGUGAGAUUAACUAAAUUUUGACGCCUUCAAUCAUACUGAAAAGUUUGAAUCCCUGCAGUUAUCGUUAUAUACGGUGUAUCUAAUACUCAUGAAACACAUUAACCAGCAGAACUCUCAGUUAAAGAUGUGUGCAAUGUUACCAAAAACUUCAUUCUCUACUUAAAACCUUUGGGGAUUUUUUUUGGAUAUGGUGAUGCAUUUCCAAGUUUUUUGCUGUUUUAGGCUUGUAGUGUUACUAAGUGGCAUGCUGUUUGACUGAGUACCUGCUGUGUUCCCUGAUAGAGUCUGAUCAUUGGCAGUAUUGCCCAUGUAAAGUCAGCCAAUACAUUUUCACAUUUUAAGACUGUUAGUAUCAUGUAAACUGAACACUUACUGUUUGGAGUAGGGAAGCUAUGAAAGUUAGACCUAAAACGAAAGGCUUUUUUAGCUGCCACUUCCUUAAAUCAAGAUUUGGGGGGGUUCUUCCUGGGACAGCUGCCAUCACUUACAAUUAAAGUUGUUUUGCAAGCUGUAUCUUUUAAGAUACUUAAAGUAUUCAGUGAGGUCAUUUGCUAUAGAAGACACUUAGAAUCUUCUUCUUGGUAUGUACUUUAAAACAAACGAAAAUGGAACUUGUUUAAUUUAUUUGCCAUUUUAAACUCCAUACAUGCUCAGUGACUGGCAUGGGAUCUUAAGCAGAUAAUUUAUUUAACUUUUUCUAGUGUUUUUUGUUCACCUUUAAAAAAUAUGAAAUGUAAUACCAAGCAAUAGUAAUCAAAGAAAUAGGAAGAAGUAAAGUUAGUUUUAUUAAUGUGAUGUAAACUGUUAGCAGAGUUGAGGGACCAUGUCAGCUGCUAAUACUACUGAAAUGAUUUUCCAUUUGCUGGCAUUUUAAGAGGUGAAUAUUGUCAUCUAGGACCCUCAGAAAAUACAGCCCAGUUCAUAAAAAUCUUCCAGUAACAUAUAUAUGUAUAGGUAAACUUGUGUUUGAAGUUGAGUCCAUUUUAAUUUGUUUUGCUUUCUGAGGUGAAAAAAAUAGGCAGAUGGCCAAAAAUACUGUAGCUAAAGGAAAGAUGCUGAGAAUUUUUUGACACUAGCUUUAUUGUUGCUUGUGCUUUUGUGUCAGUAAUGCAUAUUGACUGUGUUUGCUGUCCUUUAUCAGUAAAAAAGUGAGCCUGUGCCUUCAUUAUCAAAUCCAUUAUGAAAUAAGUGGAAGCUGGAUACAGAGCCCACAAGAUGCAGCUUUUGAAAUUAUAUCAUCAUAACAUAAAAUGCAAGUUUCUGGAAAUGAUUAAAAAAAUAUGGCCACAUCACUUUCACAGUGUUAGUCAUUAAGUUUCCUUUUUAGCUUUCCCCCGUCUGUCCUUCCCAUUUGAAAAAUUAAAUAAAAGAAGCUUUUGCUGGGAAAUCAAUGAGUUUAAAAGCCAUUUAAAUUUCUCGAAUGAGUUUAAAACACUGUUUCCUUGCUGCGCUUCUAGAACAAUCUAUACAGUUAGAAAAGUACAACUUAUAAGUUGUUGAUGAAACUUCAUUGAAUACUUAAACCAAGUGUGUUUCCUGUACAGGCGUACUGGUACAAGAAGAUGAAACAGGCUACGAGAUGGGAAGAAAUUAGGGAGGGAGCAGUCCUUAACAGGAUUUUUAUCAAGUGGAUUGAUGAGGCAUACUAGCUUGAUGUCAGUAGUGGCAUUAUGACAGCAUGCACUUUAUUGUUGUUUUAUGAGGAAUACUUGUGGUUAUAAUGCAGGGGCACUCUUCUAGAAUAAUAAUUUACAUCAAGAAGGAAAAGCAGUUGGAGGAGUUUCUCAGACUUUUUGUAAAUGAUCCAUUUUCUGGUUUCAACAUAGAAAAGUAGAUUUUUUUUUUUUCUCCAGUAUGACUCUCAAAUUAUUUACAGAAAGUAAAACAAAGCAAAACAUUAAGAAGCAAAUCAUUAAAAUUUAGGGGCAUAAUUGGUUAUUUGAGUAUCUUUUUAAUUUUAUUUUCCUGUUUUCAUGGUAGUUAAUUAUGCAGUAUUUUUUAUUCAAGUCCCUAGAUACUGUGUAACAGGAAGGAGGUAAUUUUUUAACAUUUAAUAUACCUCCUAAAAUAGCAGAAAGUUGCUUAGUUUUCUGCAAAAAAUUACCUCUUCCCUCCCAAACAACCGCACAUAGGGAAUACAUAAUGCUCAGAUAUAAUGCAUUGCACUACCAAUAGUUUCAUUGCUGAAUACAAACAAAAAGUUUCUGUCCUUUAUAAGAUCCCUUCCACACUGUGUUUGGUUGGAAAUCACUCGAGGAACCUUAAUUUUGCUGUAUUCUAACAGCAGCCGCAAAAUAGCAGUUACUUAAAUAUUCCUGUUAUGUAAUCCGCCAAUGGUCCACUGCUUCUUUCCUACCAAGUAUUCUUGUAACCUUCCCAUCUUCCAAAACUAAAUAAAAGGGCAGGAGAAAAGGCAACUAUGAGGUACUACGUAGCUUUAAAAUGUGCAUUUGUUACCUAGCAAACUUGCUUUGAUACAAUCUUCAGUAAAGCCAGUACAAUCAGCACAGAGGUGUAUAUCCAGGAGAAAGGGUAUGUGAGCAAGUUACCAUGAGGUAAUGUGGGAUAUGAUCUUGCAGUGGGAUCGGUAGGGUACCAUAUCUGCAUACAUGUGUGCUCUUAUGUUGUGGUAAUUUCAAGAUACCCUCUCUCCAUAUAUAUAUAUAUAUAUAUAUAAUAUAUAAAAAUAUAUAAUACAUUUUUUUUUCAGUAGUGUGCUUAACAUUCACCCUCCCUUGCCUCAUAAUGGCUUCUUCACAUAUCCGUACUCCCAAAAAAUGACAUUCGUUAGGACAGGAUCUACAGCAUGUAGCUCAGCCCUUCAUACUCAGAAAAUUUCCCCUUGCAUGAUUGCACCAAUAGACUGAGUAAUGAUUGUUUAAUUGGUGGCAUUAAUUGUGUUAGAUCCAGAAUAAAAGCACCUGCUUUCAACACUGAGAACUUUUUCAUAUGUAUGUACUAUAUAUGCAUUUACUUACAAUGCUUCAGUUUGUUCUAGGACAAAAUUAUUCAACACGGUGGAAGAGGAGGGGAAGAAUUUUUUAACCCAAAGUAGUAGGAUUUCAAGAUACAAGAAAAUACUUGUUUUACUUGCUUUUUGUUCAUUUUGCACUUUUUCCAGACUGUUUAUCUAAGCAUUUGGAACAAAUUCACUGUGGUCUAAAUAUUUGUUCUUCAUAUAAAAACAAUGUAACAGUCCGUAGGUAACAUCUAUCCAGGUAACCAGAAACUGGAAAAUUACAAAAUGUCUUUAUUUAAAAUAUUUUGCAGCACUUUACCUAGCCUGAUUACUAUUUUAUAAACAUGGAAUUAUUAUAUUGAUUGUUUGUAAAACCAUUUAAUAAAUAUAUGUUAGUUUUUAUCUUUCAUUAUAUCUAAUUGUAUAUUUGUUCUCAAAAUAGGAGGAAAAAAAAAGCAAAACAAAAGAAUUUCAAGUUUUUGCCACUCCUUUUGUUUAUUCCUUAAUCUGAUGUGAACCACUGUUUAAUAGUGUGUUGGGUCAUACUGAAUAAACAUUAAUCAUAGCA